AUGUUCUUGAGAGAGAUGGCAUUGGGUAUGUGUUACCCGUGCGGUUCUGGUUACAGUGAUAUUCGUUCGUGCGCUCCUGUUGGAAGUUUAAAAAUGGGUAGAAGACGUGGUCGUGAUUUUGGUUACGGAGGAUAUGACUGGAGAUAUAACAACUACGGAUACGUUGGCGACAGUCGUCGUGGUCGCGGAAAUUGUCGUGAAGUGAAGAAUAUCUGUCGUGCACCAGUUGGACAAUAUCCGCCCAGUGCGGCUGACCUUUCAUUACAGGAAACAGCAGAAAACACAGUAGUGUAUGAAUACAUAAAGAGUUCUGAAAUGCAGAAGAAUGAGCCAAAAAUACCAUGUGCAAUUAAUAAUGAUUUCGCAGAAGAUGAUGCAACAGAGCUUGAAAUUGUGUCCGCUACAAAUACUACAAAUACUGAAACAACCGAUGAGUUAACCAACCCAAUCACGCAAGAUAUUGAAUUGGGAAGCGAAAAGGACUUUAAUGGCAAUACGAUUUUAUUGUCCAGAGAUAAAAGUAAUGUCGUCAGAGAAAGCUGUAUUGGCGAUCGUCGUCUAUAUUUGUGUCCACAGCGAAAUGAGACAUCAUUAAGAGUUCGGAGUGAAUUGGAUCUUUUGGACCCAGUGCGGUUUUUUUUUUCUUGA